AUGUUUUCGUUAUUCGAAGCACAUUCUCUACAACCAGUUCGUAAGCGAAGACAAGACCAUUCCGGGUUUAGUAAACCGAGUCUCCAAGAUUCUCGUAAGAAAGGAUUCAAUCAGAAGCGCAUAGAACAACAUAGCUUUGUGGGGACUAGAUCAAAAUCAAGAUAUGGCUGCGAUGGAUGUCGACUGAGAAGGAAGAGAUGCGACGAAGUCCAUCCCAUAUGUGGCGCGUGUCUGAAGAGGAAUGAUACAUGUGCAUGGAGUUAUCAUCUUCGAACAAAGGAGAAACCUACCACUAUUGAAAAAGUGCUGGAUCCUAAGCUUGAGCGUCAUGAGAUUGAAUAUCAAGAGUCAGAUUGUAAGCUAGUUGAAAUUGAGUCUCAGGACGACUUUGUUGAAGAGAAUGCCAAAGCUGAGACCCACCAUGCGUUGGUUCCGUAUAUGCCUAUUAACGAUGGUGAUAAUGAUAACGAUAUCGAGUGUGUACAACGUGUAACGGCUUUAGAAGAUGCAAUGGACGACAUGUUCAAGUCCAAUACCUUAUCUCCGCGGUUGGUGUUCACCAGUGCACCGUUAAAGUAUCUUGACUCCAAUGGAUGUCUAUUCUGGGAUUUCUAUAGGUAUAAAGGUUCAGCUAUUGGUUGUGUGGGAAUUGAUGAUUCCAAUUACUUCUUCAAGUGUUAUGUGAAGGUUUGUGAAGGGAAUGAAGCUAUCUGUAAUCUUUUAGCUGCUUGGGGAGGAAUAUAUCUUAAGGAUAACCCUGAAGAUGAAGUAGUUCACAGUUAUAUUCGUCGAGGCUAUUCACUAUUACCCCCAACAGAUGCUCAAACGCUAAUAAAAUGCAAUGCCAAAAGGUUCUGGGCCAUGUGUUUCUACAGCGUACUUUAUACGUUUUAUGUUACUACCGGUGACCCUAAUCAUUGGUGGCCGGUGUUUCUUAAGUUGAAGGAGAUAAUUGAUCUCAGUGGAGGCCUAAUACAAAUAUGUGAAGACUACAACUAUUCUAAUGAUAUCAUCUUUAUUAUAUCACUGAUGCAAUAUUUCAGUUGUACGUCAAGUGAACUAUGGAUCAACGGACCUAUAUAUCCGUUAAGUGAAUUCCAACAAGUGUUUGCUAAAGUUGACUUUGGUAAUUUCGGAGUUGAUCCUGUACAAGGUGCCUUCUACACAAUCUAUUGGAGAUUGGCAGAAGUUGCAACUAACAAGAUACUACUUGAAAAGCAAAAGAGUUACGUUGAAGACCUUUAUCGCAAGGCUUCAGCUUCACUGUUCACCAAUGAAACAUUAAAUGAACUAUAUAAAUCCGCUAAGUUGGAUUAUGUUGAAUGUUCGUUACUUGUGUUUGAUUCAAUGAUGUUGAAAAUUAAUAUGGAGAAGCCUUCAAUUAGUCAAUUGCUCCUUAUUAGUGACGACACUGAGCAUCAACUACAGAUCGAUAUUUUUGAAACAUAUAAAAAGGUAUGUAAACUUUGCUGCUACUUCCAUUUGAAAAGAGCUUCUCCGUUGGUCCAUGAAGUGCAAGUUCUAUUGGAAGAAACAUUGCAUUUGGUGGAGGGGCUUCGAGAUUCUAAGAUGCGAGUAUCAAUGAUAAUCCCGUUAUUGACUUGCAGUAUGGCUGCAGUAACUGAUUAUGAUAAAAGAAGAAUAGAAAAUUGUUUUAAGCAUUUAAGAGAUGGGUGCGCAGUUUAUAACGUUGAUCUAGCUUGGUUCUUAGCGCAAGAAAUUUGGUUGCGGAACCCCGAAGGAAAGCAAGUUCCUGCUCAUUAUUUGUCGAUUUUGACAUUGGGUUCUGUGGCCGCUUUUGUUGCUUGGCCCAGUGCUAAGAAGGAAGCUCCUGCAACACCAGCUGUUGCGGCUGUUCCUGUCUCUUCCAAGGAAGAUGACAUUGACUUGGAAAAGUUAUUGAACCCAGGUGUUAUAGGGGGUAAUAACUUAGUGGCAUUUAUACCUGUGCGACCACCAUGA